AUGCCAGACGACACACCCAAAUCUUCCAUUCCCUCAUGGCAAAGGGCCAGCAGCACGGCAGAUGGAUCGCCAUCGUCAGCGCCGGGCUCCGACGCUGCGCCCGCACCCUCAACUACAUCCCGAGAAGACCUGCUAGCACAAGCAUCCAAAUUCCUGGAAGAUGAGUCAAUCAAGGACAAACCAACAGACCGCAAAGUUACCUUCCUUGAGUCCAAAGGUCUGAGCCCCGAGGACAUUCAGCAGGUCCUCGGCGUCUCCCGAGGCGCGGAGGCAAGUAGCAGCUCGACCCCGGCCGCUGAUAAGACGGAGGAAGAGACACAACCCGCCUCAUCCCCUCGGCCUGAACACACUCCCUCUGCUCCUGUCACAUCUACGCCGACCUCUACCAAUACCAAUACCAUGCCGCCACAGCGCCUAGCAUCAGCGCCCACCACCGCCUCCCGCGAUGUGCCUCCCAUAAUAACCUACCCGGAAUUCCUCUUCGAGUCGAACAAGCCACCGCCCCUGGUCACAAUGCGCAGUCUCCUCUAUACGCUCUAUGGAGCAGCCGGUCUAGGAGCAAGCAUCUACGGCGCAAGCGAGUACCUGGUGAAACCAAUGCUCGCGAACCUAACAAGCGCACGGCACGAAUUAGCAACUACGGCGGAGGAUAAUCUCCAGAAGCUGAACGAGAAGCUCGAGAAGACAGUCUCCGCCAUCCCGCCCCAGCUCACAGCGCGCAAGACCAAGCCCCACGUCGACGAGGAAGAGGAGGCCAACGACACCGACUCCAUCACUUCCGACCCAACAGAACUCUUCCACCGGGACAUCGCAACACAGACUAGUCCAGAGCCAACACCAGCACCCAUCACUACAAAUCCGAUUAACUCAGCAGACUCGGCUAUCGCAACGCCGACGACUGCAGUUAACAACCACGUCAGCCGAAUCCAAUCCAUCACCUCACAGCUGCGAGGCAUCAUUGACUCGGAGAAUGAUGCCAGCUCUCUUGAUAGCAAAAUGCGCACUGGUCUCUCCGAUCUCCAUCACUACUGCGAUGGCUUGAUCUAUAGUGCUCCGGCGUACUCGACGGGAUCAACGUACGGUGUGUGGAACGCCACCCAUACAUCUGGGUCGGAUAACAAUUCCGGUCUGCGUAAGGCUGAAGAGGAUGCCAUUUCUGGCUUCAGGGCGGAUAUUCGUGGUGUUAAGGGUGCGCUGUUGAGUGCGCGCAAUUUCCCUGCUAGUCGGGGAGGAAGGCUUGGAGGCAUUCAGGCUGGUGGGAGAUGA